AUCAAAUGCCCUAGAAGACAUAUUGUGAUUUAUUUACGUCUAGAUUUACGUAUUUGUAUGGUUGACUGGCGGAUCUACGCAGACUCUUCAACGGUUUGAGUCAUAUAUUAAGGUGUAAACAUACGAAAUGGCCAUGAAGAAGGGUACAUGCAGUUUUAGUUUGCUGUUCAUGGUAAUUGCAUUGUUAUCUUGUGUAUCUUCCCUGAAAGAGAUUAGCAAAACAGGAUGUGGAACUACAAAAGGAUGCUUUUCUUUGCCUGAAUCUGGAUGCGAUAGCAGUAAAAAUUGUGAUUACCUUGUAACAUACUCCAAAAAGAAUGACCAAAUUGAAUUUGAAAUGAGUAGCAAAMUGAAAUGGGCAGCUAUUGGAUUCAAUAGUGAAGGCAAUAAAAUGCCUGGUACAGAUGCUGUAAUCUGCACUACAGUUAGUAGUGGUAAAAUUGAACUCCAGCAUUAUGACAUCACUGCCAAAAGUCUUCCUGCCAUCAGUCCAACUCAAAAUGAAUUAACUUUAAGUGAGACUUCAUCUGAAGGUGGGCGAACAUUGUGCAGAUUUUUUAGAAAAAUUGCUGAUUCUGGUAAAUUGAAGAACCUGAAUGAAAAGUAUUUUCUUGUGUUUGCCUAUGGACCUGCUAAUGCACAAGAUGGUGACAAACCUGGAUAUCAUGGAAGCUCGAAAAAAACAUCUGCAAAAGCUGUGGAUCUAGCGAGUGAUUUAAGUGUAGCAGCAGGUGGAGCAGACAUGGUUCUCGUCAAAUCACAUGGAACUCUUAUGACCAUAGCCUGGAUGGGUUUUGUUGCCAUUGGUAUUUUCAUGGCAAGGUAUAUGAAACUUAUGUGGGCAGAUAGAACAAUAUGUGGUGUAAAAGUUUGGUUUGCGUUUCAUCGUACAUUAGUGAUUCUUGGGGUUCUGUUUACUGUUAUUGCUAUUAUACUGAUAUUUGUUCAUCGCRAAGGAUGGUCUGAGGGCAUUGGUGCUCAUCCAUACACUGGUAUUAUAACUUUUGCACUGGCUAUUAUAAACCCUAUCAUGGCCUUGUUUCGUCCUCACCCAGGAGAGCCAAAACGCUAUAUUUUUAACUGGGCUCAUCGGUUGGUUGGUCUGACGGCYUUCUGUUUAGCAGUGGUAACCAUAUUCUUGGCAAUAUUCUUCAAGCUACUCAACAUCAAGGACUCUGGUCUKCCWGUCAUGAUWACCUUUUGUGUUGGUAUUGCUGUUGUACUGAUUGUUGACAUCAUUCUUCGUGUGAGGUCACRGAGCAGUGAUAAUCAAUUCACUCCAGGAACACAAGGAAAAGUUGAGCAAAUGCAAGAGGAACAGCCRACAGCCAACUCAACUGAUAACACCAUUCGCUUCAUUGCCUUUGGUUUUUGGGUUCUGAUAGCUGUCUCAACUACAGUGGCCCUYGCAGUUAUUAUCAAUGUUAACUAGAUGUAACUAAAGUUAUGUAUAGUUUAAUUGCUGAAAUUGUCAUGUGCGAACUCGAAUGGGCUGAAAAACACCAUUAUUUUGUUGUUUUUGCUUCCCUCAGAUCAAAACUCCAUAUGCUUAAUAUUAACAUUGAACUGCUUUUCAAAACAAAAUAAGCUUCCACUUUUGCAGUUGCCUUACUAAUAAUURCACACAGAAAGUCCGCACAGUAGUAAGGGUGCCUGACAAUACAAUAAGUCAGCGUUAUGCACUGGUUUUAUAAAAUUAAGCACUGGUCUCAGCUUCUAAGAAUCAGGAAAUUUUGUUAUUAAUAUUGUUAACUAAGAGAGAAAGUCCASGUAUGUGGCAAUGCUGGAUUCUUAAAAAAUGUUUUUGACUAUU